AUGGCACCUGCAGGAACUCUCCGCUCUCUUCCUCCACAUGGCGUCCUCAUUCUCUUCACUCAUCUUCUCAUCUUCAUGUCGUCCAAUACCGUCGCAAAAUCCAGCAUCAACGGGUCCGGGAUCGACAUGCAGGCCCUCAUCUCCUUCAAGCGCAGCAUCCAUUAUGAUCCCCUGGGUGUCUUGGAAUCAUGGAACAGAUCGAUCGGCUUCUGCAGAUGGACAGGGGUCACUUGCGGUACAACUCUUCCACCUCGUGUGGUCUCGCUCAAUUUAAGCGCUGCAAGCCUUAGUGGUCAGUUCUCUCCUUGGGUAGCUAACCUUACAUCAAUACAACUGGUAGACCUUUCAUAUAAUGGCUUCUCUGGAGCCAUCCCUGAGGAGUUAGGCACACUUCAACACCUACGAUAUCUGGAACUUCGAACCAAUAGUCUUGUAGGUAUCAUUCCUAGAUCAUUAGGCACUUGUAGAUCACUUAGAGAGGUCGAUCUCUCAUCAAACAUCCUUGAAGGUACUAUCCCAGAUUUCCAUAGGUUGCCAGCCCUCCAAACUCUGAUACUGUCAAGAAAUGACCUUAUAGGUACCAUUCCUAGAUCACUAGGUAAUAGCAGAUCUCUUAAAAAUAUCGAUCUCUCAUCAAACUUCCUUGUCGGCCCAAUUCCAGAGUUUGAUAAGAUGUCAGCACUCCAAAUUCUUGACCUUUCAUCUAACGACCUUUCUGGAAGCAUACCUUCAUCACUGGGAAAUGUUUCUUCUCUCAUAGAGAUACGGCUUGACACAAACAGUUUAUCAGGAGCGAUUCCAGAAACUCUGAGUCUUGUUCAGAACCUUAGUGUGCUGAAUUUAGCUAACAACUCCUUGUCGGGGCAUCUCUCAGCCAAACUUUGUAACAUCUCAUCACUCAUUUACCUUGAUUUAGCCCAAAACAAACUUACUGGAUCAAUACCACCUAGCAUUGGAAACACAUCGCCAAACCUUGAACGGUUGUCCAUGUCAGGUAAUGAAUUCAAGGGGUUAAUUCCAUCAUCACUUGCAAACGCAUCGUACCUCCGACGGAUUGAUCUUGGACACAACUCCCUAGUUGGACCAGUCCCAUCUCUAGGAUCUUUAUCUGACUUACGCGUUCUAAAUUUAGAAAGUAACUUCCUACAAGCUGAAGGUUGGGAAUUCCUUGUCUCUCUGACAAACUGUGCGCAACUUCAAACAUUGGACAUGAGUGGAAAUGCCCUAAAUGGAAAUAUCCCUAUAUCAGUUGGAAAUCUUUCUAGAAGUUUAGUGCGUUUAAGUCUUGGAAACAAUCAAAUAGUAGGCACAAUACCAAUUGAGAUUUUUAACCUUCGAAAUCUCCAAAUGCUUGCCAUGGGACAAAACAACUUCCUUUCAGGGGUUAUUCCUUCUAUUAUUGGGAACCUAGACCAGCUAGUUGUCCUAGACCUAUCAGGGAACAAAUUUUCUGGUCCGAUCCCAUUUGCAAUAGGUAAUCUUUCUCGGCUGAAUCAGCUUUAUCUAGAUGGCAAUGACUUGAGUGGGAACAUCCCAGCAACUUUAGGAAAUUGCAAGCAACUGGAUAUGCUAAAAUUAUCUUCUAACAACCUUCAAGGACCAAUACCAAGUGAACUCAUCAAUAGCACAACCCUCAUCCGUUUGGAUUUGUCAACCAACUACCUUACAGGAUCAAUACCGCCACAAAUUGGUGCAUUGCUUCAACUUUUCCAACUUGAUAUUUCCUUCAACAGAUUGUCUGGUCAAGUUCCACUUUCACUUGGCCAAUGUGUCCAACUAUAUUCUCUCAGAUUCAGAAGUAACAUGCUUAAUGGAAGCAUACCUCAAUCUUUCAGCAACUUGAAGUCUAUCAAUCAGAUCGAUCUUUCCCAAAACUCCCUUGUUGGACAAAUUCCAGAGUUCUUUGCAAACAUGGGUUAUUUACAGCAACUUGAUCUGUCUAUGAACUACUUCGAAGGGCCUAUUCCAACCGGUGGCAUCUUUCAGAAUCAUAGUGCGGUAAACUUGGAAGGAAAUGAUGAGCUUUGUGCAAGUGCAACCACCACCUUAUAUCAGUUCCCAGUUUGCACAACAACAUCAGCUGUUGGGAGCAAGAAGAAUGCACUCCUAUUGGUGAAAGUAAUUCCUCCCAUUGCUAUUGCCUUGCUCUCCUUGAUAUGCUUUGUCAUCACUCUUCUGAAGAGAAGGCAAGCACAGGCAGCUCCAUGCUACAAGGAGACAAUGAAGAAGGUUUCAUAUGGUGACAUAAUUAGAGCUACCAACUGGCUCUCUCCAGUUAACAAGAUCAGCUCAAGUCGCACCGGUUCGAUCUACAUUGGACGGUUUGAGUUUGACACGGAUUUGGUUGCCAUCAAGUUAUUCCAUCUCCAGGAGAAUGGUGCACGUGACAGCUUUGUUACGGAGUGCGAGGUGCUGCGAAACACCCGCCAUCGCAAUCUUGUCAAAGCUGUCACCGUAUGCUCGACAGUGGACCUAGAGAACAAUGAAUUCAAAGCUAUAGUUUUUGACUUCAUGGCCAAUGGAAGCUUGGACAUGUGGGUGCACCCGAAGCUACACAACAAUAGCCCCAAGAGAGUACUGAGCUUGGGCCAGAGGUUAAGAAUUGCGAUGGACGUCGCGCUGGCUCUGGAUUAUAUGCACAACCAGUUGACGCCUCCUCUAAUCCACUGCGAUUUGAAGCCAGGCAAUGUUCUUUUGGACUAUGACAUGACCGCAAGAGUUGGUGAUUUUGGGUCAGCAAGGUUUCUCUCUUCAGUUCCUGGUAGUCCAGAAGAUUUGGUUGGUGUAGAAGGAACAAUUGGAUACGUCGCUCCUGAGUAUUGCAUGGGAUACAAAGUUUCAACAGGGUGUGAUGUCUAUGGUUUCGGGGUCUUGCUUCUGGAAAUGCUCACCGGUAGGCGACCGACGGAUGCGAUGUUCACCGAUGGCCUGAGCCUGCACAAGCUUGUUAGCUCAGCGUUUCCAGGUAGACUCGGAGAGGUUUUAGAUCCCCAUUUGUCCCACGAGCAGCAGCAUGCGUGUGGCAGAGUGUUUAUGCGGAGAUACAUGGUACACUUGGUUGAAGUUGCCCUCCUGUGUUCCAUGGAAUCGCCUAAAGAUCGACCGGGGAUGGGGGAAGUUUGUGCCAGAAUUUUGUCUAUCAAAGAGGCAUUCUUUGAGUUCUGCUGAUUAACCUGCAGAUCUACACGUUCUUGAAUAAAAAUCUGUGACGUGGAUACUUUGCUGUAAAUCCUGGCUGAACAGACCUCUAGUUAUUAAUAUUUGAAAAGCAUCAGAACUCUAGUUAUUAAUAUGUAAGUUCCUAGAAAGAGUACAUGUUCAGUACUGGAGCUCCCUAUGUUAGAAAACUAGUACGUAUUUCCUAAUUGUGUUAUUUGUAUCUAGAGUAUAUUUCUAGAACCUGGGCGCAGAAUUGGAGCAGGGGAGAGGUCAUCUCCCUUUCUGAAAUUACCUUGGA